AUGGCAACCGGUAGUGGCAAAACUCUCAUGAUGGCCGGUCUGAUUUUAUAUUUGUACCAACAAGGCUAUCAUAAUUUUCUCUUUUUUGUGAAUAGCACUAAUAUUAUUGAUAAAACUCGGGGUAAUUUUUUAAAUGACAUUUCUAUCAAAUAUCUCUUUAAUAAAGCACUCGUAUUAGAUGGCAAAAAGAUAUCUCUUAAAGAAGUAGAAAAUUUUCAAACUACUAAUGAAGAAGGUAUCAAUAUUUGCUUCUCCACUAUUCAAAAUCUCCAUAGUCGCUUAAACAUUCCUCGUGAAAAUAGUUUAACUUAUGAAGAUUUUCAAGAACAAAAAAUUGUCCUUAUUUCUGAUGAGGCUCACCAUAUUAAUGUGGAAACUAAGGCUAAAGUUCAAACUGGCACGAGCGGCGAAAUAACUGUCAACGGUCAAAUUUCUCAAGAAGAAAAAGAAGAACUAGCUAAUCCGCAAAAUGUACUUCUAGAAUUUACUGCUACUGUUGAUUUCAACAACCCCAGCAUUUUAAAAAAAUAUGCUGAAAGACUUAUUUAUGACUAUCCUUUAAAAAAAUUCCGAGAAGAUGGCUAUUCCAAAGAAGUAAAAGUAUUGCAAACUGAUGCAGGACUUUUUGACCGAGCUCUACAAGCAGUUUUGCUUAGUCAGUAUCGGCGUAAAAUAUUUGAGAAAAAUAAAUUGCUCAUCAAGCCAGUUAUUAUCUUUAAAUCAAAGACAAUAAACGAAAGUAAAAUUUUUGAAGAAGAGUUCAUAAAAGGCAUAAGGAAACUUAAUUCUGAGAAACUCAACGAAAUUAAAGUAAAUACUCAAGAUGAUACAUUAAAAAAGGUCUUUGAAUAUUUAGAAAAUAAUAAGAUUUCACUGGAGAAUUUUGUUAUCGAAUUGCAAGAGGAUUUUUCCCCCGAAAAGACCAUUUCUGUUAAUAGCAAAGAAGAAAGUUAUGAAAAACAGAUAGCGGUAAAUACUCUCGAAGAUCCUAAUAAUGAGUAUCGUGUUAUCUUUGCUGUUGACAAACUUAACGAAGGACCAACUACCAUCCGAGAGGCUCAAUUAAUUGGACGUGGGGCUCGAUACUGUCCUUUUAAAACCAACGAUUCUGACAAUGCCUACCAGCGGAAGUUUGACCGUGAUAUUCAAAACGAGAUGAGAAUUUGUGAAGAAUUAUAUUACCAUAGCACCUACAAUCCUCGAUAUAUUCAAGAAUUAACUUCUGCUCUGGUAAAAACUGGUAUUCUUCCUGAAAGGGCAGUAGAAAAGAAACUUUUUAUUAAGAAAGAUUUUAAAAAUACAAAAUUUUUUAAAACUGGUAUUUUAUUUCUUAAUGAAAAAGAGAAAUAUUCGCGAAAAGACGUAUUCGGACUUCCUUCUUCAGUGCGAGAUACCACCUAUAAAGCAUCCUUUUUCUUCAAUCUUAAAAAACACUUCCCUAACCUUGAUAGUCUUGAUGAGUUCAUUUUCCAAGAAAAAUACCUCCGAGACAUUAAAAUAGUUGUUUCUGGACUUAAGAGCCAAUUCGAGAGAUCAUUGAAUGCUGAUGAACAAUUAACCAUCGCCGUAAAAGCGCUUGAACAAAUCGCAACCAAUUUGUCAACUAAAAAUUUGGAAUGA